GCCUUCACUUUGCCUCCUCACAAAAGCAUUUUUUCCUCUCUACUGAUCGCUAGUGGCACCAUGUUCGGCUUUUUUAGCUCAGCUUCGUCUUUCUUUUCUUUCUUUUCUAACAUCUGUUUCGUUGUGUUCAUUAUUGCUGCAGCAGAUGCGGAGACUACAACGCCUUCCCCUGCUCCGGCUCAUUGUAGCCUGGCAUCAAACACAAGCUGUGAUGAAUGUCUGCAGAAUGUGGCUUGCUUGUGGUGCUCUUUGAACCAACAGUGCAUUGACUACCCAGUGAAGAACAUCCUGCCCCCCAGCAGUGUUUGCCCUCUGAAUGAUGCACGUUGGGGGGUUUGUUGGGUCAACUUCCAAAUAUUGAUUAUCACAAUGUCGGUGCUGGCUGGAGUCAUCAUCAUCGCCAUUCUCGUUUGCUGCUUCUGCUGCUGCAAGUGUGAGCGAAUUGGAAGCAGCAGAGAAGAUGCGCAGGUGGAGAGACAGACCCGAGCGAGGAAAGCCCGUCAGAAAGCCAGGAAAACAGAGAUCCAGAUGAGGCAUGAUGAAAUCAGGCACAAAUAUGGUAUAACAAAGGAGAAUCCAUAUGCCCGAAUGAAUGAUCAUUAGAAGGAAUGUCAGUGAAGAGGAUCUUAAUGGUGGCAGUAACAAUGAGACUUGCCUGUACAGAGUGUCUGUUGUUAAACUAUGAUCUUCUGGAUUAAUUUCACUUUGACGGAGUUAAGAAUGAAAACUUUCUCUUUGCUUAUCGUUUGUUUAUGGGAAAAUGCUUUCUAAUGUCUGGGCUUGAUUAAAAGGACUUAAUAUGGUUCUGAACACAUGUAAAACAAGCUGUUCAAGAACAAAAUGUGUUAAGAGAGAAUUUUAUCAAACAAGACAAGCCAAAACAUCUGUGUUUUAGCUGGUCUGCUUCGACCCAACAGUAUUUACAGGAUUCACAAGCCUCACUUUCAUACUCUACUACUGCGGUCUACUUAAAAAGGCCCAUUAACAGGUUUAUGUUUCAUCUGAUUUUAACCUUUUAUUAGAUUUGUUUUAAAGUCAGUGUCCUUUAAUCACAUGUGAAUCAGAUCUUUGUACAGAGAAUUAUAAAGUUGAAAAU